AUGGGUGAGGUUGAUCGAUGGUCAAACAUUCAUCAAGAUUUGUUAAACGAAGUUACAAAGCGGUUUUAUUCAUAUGACAAUGACUACCUUCAACUACGAUUGGUUUGUAAGCAAUGGAACUUGAAACUUCCAAAGAUCCCCACUGGCAACAAAGUUCCGUGGCUGCUACUACCUAUUAGUGGUGGUGCUGCUAAAGAAUCUUUUGAAGCAGUUCGUUCUAUUGAAGAGGAGGACAUCUAUCAUAUCAUGCAAUUACCUACCAUUGACGAAGCAACUCUUGACACAGAUGGUCUUGAAGAGGAGGGGAUUUAUCAUUUCAUGCUAUGGGAGCUUCAAGACAACAGCAUAUGCGGUUCUUGUCAUGGAUGGUUGAUCAUCGUAAUGGUAUAUGAAGGUACGAUAAAAAUGUUAAACCCGUUUACAAAGGUUCACUUAGAUCUUCCUCCAAUCUCAACUCUCUCCAAUGUAAUUGAUAUUAAUGGAAAUGAAUGUAUUAAAAUUCCUAUGCAUAAAACCCAAAUUUGGAAAGCUAUUAUAAACUCAGCUCCUACAAAUGACAAUAAUAAUGAUUUUAUGGCUGUGGUCAUAUAUGGAUGUAAGAGUAACUUAGCCUUUUACAAGCCCAAUGACAAGAGAUGGCUUAGAUUUUCAACAAGAUCCAUGUGCGAUGUCAUAUUUUUUCAAGAGAAAAUAUAUGCAGUAGAUUAUGAAGGCCAACUAUACGAAUUUGAUACCAAAAAUAAAUCAGGACCAAUGGGAAGAAUUUAUGAAGCCACACCACCUCCAUCGGAUAAAGGAAUCUUCAAGUGUUACUAUCUGAUUGGAUGUGCUAAUGGAAGUUUAUUGAUGUUGAUAAGACCUGUAACACGUCGUUACAAGGUUGUGGAGACCGUCAAAUUCUAUGUCUAUGAAUUGAAGAAAAAUGAAAAAGCAUGGUCAAGAAUAUAUGAUUUGGGAAAUUAUAUAUUAGUAAUUGGUCUCAAUUCUUCUGUUCAAAUGUUGUCGAGCAAAGGAAAUCAAAUCUACUUUACUGAUAACAUGCGUAUCGCGCACUCACCAUACCUUGCUGAACUUCAUGACGUUGGUAUCUUCAAUUUGGAAGAUGGGAGUUUCAAAAAAUUGUUAACAGAUGUGAAAUUUUUUUGUCCUCCUGUUUGGAUAUUAUCCUAA